AAAAUGAACAGAGGAAGAAGAUGUGCUGUGAUGAUUAUCUUUUCUCUUCUCAGCCCAGAUGAUCUCUGAACUGUGCACAGUCGUUGGUGUGUGUUGAGGAACUGGGAUCGUGUGUCAACUCAACAGUCAACUGCGAUAAGGAUGACCUUUUAAAGUGUCGUUUGUUUCGGUGUUUUUCAGAAUCCUAAUCCUAAUGGCUGAAUUGUUUUUAUAUUGCAUGUGAUGACAGAACGGUGGUUCAAUCACUAAGCGUGCGUUGCAGACCAUGAUUGCAGAGCAUUAACCAUUGGCCAUUUUGACAUCAAGCUCACAUAUGUUAACAACAUUAAUGCAUGUGUUCAUUCAUCUCAGCUGCCGAACAUUUAACCUUUAAUAACCAGCCAGACGUCGGGGCGUGAUCUUCAAAAUGAGGAUUCUCGGGGUUUUAAGAAGUAGUGUUUCCAUUGGGAAGCACAUCGAUUACUAUUCUAAGUUCUCCCCGUCACCGCUUUCAAUGAAACAGUUCUUGGAUUUUGGCUCAGAAAAUGCUUGCGAGAGAACGUCGUUCGCCUUCCUCCGACACGAAGUUCCUGUGAGGCUGGCCAACAUCAUGAAGGAGAUCAACCUGCUGCCAGACAACCUGCUGGGGACUCCGUCAGUGCGCCUGGUCCAGAGCUGGUAUUUGCGAAGUCUUCAAGAUAUCAUCGAGUUUAAAGACAAAAAUGCCGAAGAGGAAAAAACCACAUAUGACUUCACGGACGCCGUCAUCAAGAUCCUGAAGAGGCACAACGACGUGGUGCCCACCAUGGCCCAGGGGCUGGUGGAGUACAAGGAGGCGUACGGCACGGACCCCAUCGUCAGCCAGAACGUCCAGUACUUCCUGGACCGCUUCUACAUGAGCAGGAUCUCCAUCAGGAUGCUGCUGAACCAGCACACUCUGCUGUUCGCCGGCAAGGUGAAGGUGAACCCAGCGCACCCCAAACAGAUCGGCAGCAUCGACCCAAAUUGUCGCGUGAAAGACGUGGUCAUGGACGCCUAUGAAAACGCCAGAGGCCUGUGUGACCGAUACUACAUGAACUCACCAGAGCUGCAGAUGGAAGAGUUCCAUGUGAAAGAAGAUGGAAGCCCUACCGUGGUCUAUGUCCCCUCUCACCUGUACCAUAUGGUGUUUGAACUUUUCAAGAACGCCAUGAGGGCCACCAUGGAGAUGUACGGGGAUUCUACAGAUUACCCUCCCAUCCGCGCACAGAUCGCACUCGGAUCGGAAGAUCUCACCGUGAAGGUGAGCGACCGCGGCGGCGGCGUGCCACUGAGGAAGAUCGAGCGUCUGUUCACCUACACCUACUCCACUGCCCCCCGGCCCACCAGCAUGGAGGCACGGGCCGCCCCCCUGGCGGGGUACGGCUACGGCCUGCCCAUCUCGCGGCUCUACGCCCGCUACUUCCAGGGGGACCUGAAGCUCUACUCCCUGGAGGGCUACGGCACCGACGCCAUCAUCUACAUCCGGGCUCUCUCCACAGAGUCCAUCGAGAGGCUGCCGGUGUACAACAAGUCGGUAUGGAAACACUACAAGACCUUCCACGAGGCGGACGACUGGUGCGUACCCAGCAAGGAGCCCAAAGACAUGACCACCUACCGCAGCUCCUAGGGUCGCUCGUAGGGCCUUGGGGGGGGGGGGGGGGGGGGGGUCAGACGCCUGCUCCGGGGGUUCAGAGUGACGCCUGCUCCGAGGUUCUGGAGAACUGGGAAAGGGUCGAUCUCUAGCUCUGGUCAGUGGUCGCUGUGCUGUGUCUGGGAAGGGCCGUGUCAUCACAGAUCUAUCUGCUUUACACUUGGGGAUAUCGUGCCACCAGGUGUGGGUGUGAUGAGCUAAUUACAAGCCGUCGGCCUGUCCCUGUGCCUUAGUGACGUCAUAAGUGGGCGUGUCCGCCUCGAUGCGUGCUGGAUAGAUCAGUCGACCAGCCUACCCGGUGGACUGUAGCCCAUGUUGCUGAUCUAUCCAGCGUACAUCUAGGUGGACCCUUCCGCUGGUGAUUGAAAACAGGAAAAGUCUGAUUUUCGUCUUGUAAUGGCUACUCACGGAAUACAGGAAACGCCAAAGCGUCACUCCGAUGUCAGUUCAAUUAGUUUAUAUAAACUAAAAUAUGUGGCUUGUUACAAUCCAAUGGCUUUUAUUGUAGUUGAAAGGAAAGGCUUGUACUCUUUCCUGUCUUGUAGAAACACUGUUACAGAAACAAAGUAAGUUUUACAACUUUACUUUGUUUGGAUGACGUUUUGGGGUUACAGUGGGCUUUUUCUGACCUUAUUAAGCAGUCUUAAGUUUGUUCUUCAUGUUUAAAGUAUUGUCUUUUUCCGUAUUAUGUGAGUUACUUGAGUUCAAAGUAUUCUGUAUAACGGGUUAAACUCUUAUUGUCACCAAAUCACUUGGACUUAAGACUCGAUGCAGUGCUUUACUACCUCUUUAUGUCAUUAUAUUAAAGAUGUAGUACGCACUAUCAACAUGUAAUUUAAAUAUAUUAUCACUCCUAAGUUGUACAACGACAUAUUGGUUACUAUAGAUGCUUAUCAAAUAUGUUUUGCAAUUGUUAGAUCAGUUUAAAAAAUGUUUAUAUCUAAAAAGUGGAGACACUUCAAAUAUGUAUUGGAUGAAUUAAUGUUUUAUUUAAGAGAUAAUGUACAGCACGCCAGUCAUUAUCGCAAAAUAAACCCGGCUGGAUAAUGCAGGACCCCUUAUAACACAACUACUAACUAAAUCAAUCAAUAAUUUGACAUAAAAUAUAGCAACCACAGAAGGAUUGUAUUCCUUUCUAUAAAAAGGAUUUUAGUACCUCCCCUAAUAAAAAAAAAUCUGUUUGAAUCCACAGUUGGUAAGAGUGUACAUAGCAGCGACCUGUCAUUCAGAAACAAUCAGAAUUUAAGUAUUCAAAGCUGGGCAACUCGGUUAACUUAAGAAAGGUGUGUGUGUGUGUGUGUGUGUGUGUGUGUGUGUGUGUGUGUGUGUGUGUGUGUGUGUGUGUGUGUGUGUGUGUGUGUGUGUGUGUGUGUGUGUGUGUGUGUGUGUGUGUGUGUGUGUGUGUGUGUGUGUUCUAGCCAAACGCAGUGAUGUUGACACUGCAGAUAUUUUGUGAGAUUUAUUUGAAGGACCGCACAAUAAAAGUUGUAUCUUUG